AAAGUACCCAACAAAUAUGCGAUGACGUCAUUGGUUUCGAAAAGAAUGGAGUUCGGGAAGAUAGUGCUACUGGUGCUAGUGAUUAUGGAAAUGGUUCAGAUUUGCUCCGGAGUCCGUGCUGCUCUGCGUCUGCGAAAAAAGUCCAACUCCGCUGAUGAUUCUGAGGAUGAAGAGAUGCAAGAUGAGAUUGAUAAUGCUAUCUACGACAAGGCUUCUAUUUUCGAGCAGGGUGAAACCCACGACUUUCUGCAAUUCCUACGAAGUAUCAAAUACGAUCAUCGUCAGGUGCCUGACGAUGGCUAUGACGGGCCAGUUCAUGUGAAUGUGUCCAUAGUGGUCAGCAACAUUCGUUCGGUGUCUGAAGUCACCAUGGAUUACUCCAUUGAAAUGUUCUAUCGAGAGUCGUGGCGAGACCCAAGGCUGACGUAUAGCCGGGAUAAAUUCAAGAAUAAGACGGAGAUCUCUUUGCAUGAGAGUUACUCGAAUUAUUUAUGGCAUCCAGAUACGUUUGUGCCGAAUGCGAUUUCUUCGAAGAACCCCAGAAGGCAGUCGAUAACGCACAGGUCACUGUUGAGACUUCGCAACAACGGAAGCAUCCUUUACAGCAGGCGGCUCUCGUUGAUACUCACUUGUGGGAUGGACCUAACUCUAUUCCCAUUCGACACCCAGCUGUGCAAGAUGGGAUUCGAGAGUUAUGGUUACACCGCAGACAAGGUCAAGUAUCUGUGGUCUACUGGAGCUAUCCAGUCGCUGAAGCUUCAUAAGAUUCGGCUGCCAGAUUUUCAGGUCAAGGAGGCUUAUGUGACAAGUCGUGUGGAAAGUUAUGCGACAGGUGACUAUUCUCGUCUAUACGUGUGCUUCGUAUUCAAUCGAGCAGCCGGCUUCUGCUUCCUGCAGCUAAUUAUUCCCUCUACAGCCGUCGUCAUUACGUCCUGGGUUUCUUUGUGGAUGGAGAAUGAGACUUCAUUCCAAGACAUGAUCUCUAUUAUCCUGACGAUUACUUUCCUGCUCUUCUCGUAUAAUGAAGUUAUGCCACGUGUUAGUUAUAUCAAAGCGAUGGAUGUUUAUUUAGGAGUUUGCUUUUGCAUCGUAUUUCUGUCACUGAUAAAACUGGCGGCAGUGAAGUAUAUGCGUCAAAGGUUAUUGAUCACCAGAGACACAUCUAUUGUCGCCGCUGGAAUGCUACCAAUGUUACGUCUGGUAAAUGGAAUCGGGUCGCCGGCGGUUAAUGGAUCCGAAGGGUUUACGUAUGAGAAUCCUGCAGUUAAAAAAGUUUCCAUGUCCCCGGACACGUUUACCCAAGUUCAAAUGGAAACAAAUGGAUCAAUGUCACCGGUUUGCCGGCAAAAUCGAGCAAAGGAUAAUGGAAACGUUUCCCAAUCCUCCAACUGUUUUGAAUUCUCACCAACGUUCAUGCAUCGGUUCCACUGGAUCACGCAAAUGACGUUUUUCUUCGGUUUUGUCAUUUUCUGCUUAUUCUACUUUCUUGUCUACCCAAAUAUUCACACGCAGAUAACCGAUGACGAUUGUGAUCGACAAAUGGCUGAGUGGUUCGCAGAAAUUCAUUGAGAAAUUGUUUUCAAAGAAGUUAUUUAUAUUAAUUGUAUUUAUUUUUAUGAACAUUGCAUAACAAUCGGGUUGAAUGAAUAAUAAUUUC